AUGUCAGCCCCCAUGAAAACUAACUCCGCCAUCGCAAGCAAGGUCAAGCCGACGCGGUCGCUUCGGGAGAAGGUGCUGUCAAACCGAAAGCGGCCUCGGUGUCAAAACGCGGCGGACCAAAGGACGGCAGUGCUCCAACAGCUGAAGAGCCCCGUCACUGCUUACAGCUCGGCCUGCUCGGAAGCCUCCGACCAGCAACGCACGAGGGAAAACCAGCGAGUCUCGGAGAUAGUAAUUGAAUGGGAACAGUGCAACGUCUCCCCACCCAAACACAUUGUCACAGACGAGGAGGACUCAGACGCCUCGAGCCGGACAGACUACACGUCCGGCAGGAGGGCGAGCAUCCUGUACAGGACACCGAAGAGAGGUACAGGUGUCCAUAUGGACCUCGCCACAAGAGAGGCGAAUACCCUCCUCCAACAGGGAAAAGAGGCGUUGGAGGCGGCCGGCAACAUGAAGCGGGAAUGCAAGGCCACCGCCCAGGAAAGCCUUCAGGGCCUGUACGAGACGGUCCUCUCCUUGUCGGACUCCAGGGCCAGACACAAAUACAACCUGGAGAAGGAGAGGUCUCGGCACGCACAGGAGCUAGUGCGCGCAGAGCGGGCUCACACUCGGGACAUGCUCGCUCUCAAAGAGACCCUCGCCACGGAGCUGUGUGGAGCAAGGGAGGACAUACGGGACACCCUGAAGGCCACCAAGAACAUCAGAGAGUGGCUAGGCUCGGAGACCCUCGAGGCGCUGAAAGCAAGCGCUGAAACGAAGAAAGGCGUCCAAGCGCUUGAGGCGACUAUUAGGAAAGAGGCGGAGAGCACGCGUAAGGAGAUAGCCAGAGGCUCUGGGUCGCCGGGAAAAGACAUCCCGAACCCAAUCCUUAUGCGCCUCGAGCUGAAUAUCGCCAACAUAACUAAUCAGCUCGAUACUCUCCGCAAACAGCUGGACCGCCUCAAGCAGACGCCAAAGACUCCAGCCACCAGCAGCAGCGCGCAGUCCAUCCAGCACGAAUGCUGCAUCACCCCCGCAAUGGUGACGGCCGCCUCCACGAUGGAAAGACUGGAGGCACAAGUACUAAAAUUAACCACACAACUCACCACACACAUUAACACACCCCCUCCUCCUCAGCAAGACAUCAGCCGACACUUCAAGCCACUGAAGGAGAAGCUACAGUCAGUGUCCUCUCCAUGGAGAGCAAUAAGCUCUUCAGUAUUGAAUUACGUAGCAGUGAUUUGAAUCCAAUGUUUGAUGAUAAGGAAUGUGAAUUGUUAUUGACAUUGAAAUCAAUACCCAUUAUUACAACUAUUGCGCUACUGUUCAUUAAAAACUUGAGAUUGGUUCACAUACUAACUUAGAGGUCUCGAAAUCUCUCGGGACUGCGAGCCUGACCUUUUCAUGUCGAACGAAUUAAGCGCCGCUAUAACUAGUGUCAGGCCUCUUAGGGACUGUACGCAUUACAAUAUUCAUCUUUUCAGGAUCCCUAAGGAUUAGUUGUCGAACCAUCUUUUUUCUGGGAAUAUGUUAACGAAAAGCGUCUUCAUUUUUCAUGGGAUGAGUUAAAAAAAGACUUAGAAGUGUUCCAGUGCGAGUCAGAUUUGGGAGAUAGAGAGUUCUAUAUAAAGAGGCUUUAAACUAAAAACUUUAGCAGACAAUGGUUAGUCACCCAUCAAAUUAAUGUAUGAACAUAAGUAUAACUUACCAACUGUAACCUAGGUUUCCAUUAUUAAUUUGUUGUCGAAUUGGCAACAAAAAUAAAUCAUGUGUAAACAUUCAAACUGUCUGCCAAUCACGUAUAAAUAACGGUGGCAUUCCGACAGAUAGACAGCGGAGCCUUAAAGGGUGUUGUUUUUAUCCUUUGGAAAUAGAACUCUAAAAGCACGUUUUACUAUGGAAACUCUAAAAUAAUACAACGACGAGAAUUUC